UACACGUUUAAGGUAUGCCCCUGUUUAAGCGUACGGUGCGAUGUAAAAACAAUUUACUUAAAUAUUAUAAUAAUUUAAUAUCACAGUAUAAAUUUAAUUUUAGCCCAGUACAGUAAGUUUUAAAAUUCUGCUUUUGACAGUGGAACAGGAACUGAAUACACUGUGAGUCUGUGACACUAUUAUCUGUUGUUCGUGCUUUCUGAAAGGAUUUGUGCUGCUGAAGUAAUCAUAAGCAGAAGCUCGACAGCUCCGUUAUUGAUUGUGAUAGAAAUUUUAAUCUAAUCUGGAGAUGGCCAGUACGUCGAAGAAGAACAAGUCGAGCGCGUCAGUGAGCGUGGACGACGUGGACAGCGAAAUGCGCGAUCUGACGGUGGAGGACGCGGCAGAUGCGGAGGACGAAGAGGCCCCAGAGGCUGACGAGGAGAUGGAAGGCGAAGGCGAGGAGGGCGACAAGACCCGCGCGGCGGCCGAUGAAAUCUUCAGUCUGGAAGUGCUGAAGGUGGUCAAGGAGGCGCAGCAAGCGCGUGGCCUGCGCCACGGUGAUUACGUCCGCUACAGGCAGUAUUGCGCGCGCAAGAUCCACCGUCUGCGCAGCUGUUUCUCCCUGGCGCAGGGCACCAAGACGCGCUUCCACGGUAAAGUGCUCAAGGCCGACCACAUUCGCGACGCCCGAUGCCUGCAGAUUCCGCUCUUCAUUGCCGAGCGCGCCUGGAGCUACGGCAUGCAGCUGAAGCAGGAGGCCGGCCAGGCCGCUCACCCCCGCCGCAAAUUCCACAUGCUGCGUCGCUUUGCCAAGGCGUCGCGUGCCGCCCAGCAUUUGCAGCGCCUCUGUGAGACGCUGAAGGUGGACGCCCGCACCAAACUGGAAACGCAGGCCUAUGUGGAGUGGAUGCAGGGCGUGGUAUCCUUUAAUGCUGAGUCCUGGAGGGAGGCGCUGGAAUCCUUCUCGCAGGCCAAAGCGAUCUACGAAUCGAUCGCCUCGACGCUGGAUGAAGAGACGCGUCAGCUGUACCGACAGCGCAUCGACGAGACCGUCCCGCAGAUUCGCUUCUGCGGCUACAACAUCGGCGACGAGUCGGCCGUGGAGGACCUCAUCAAGAUGCGCCUCAAGCCUGGAUCCGCCGAGCUGGGCGAGGGUCUUAUGGCCAAACUAGAUGAGCUGAUUGCGCAGAGUCGCGAGAAGCAGGCGCAGACGGAGAUAUCUUGGCUGGGCAAGAGUGUCCCGGUCAAGAACGCCAAAGUGCGCGGUCUGCUCAUCAGCGCCCAAGAAGGCGCCCGACAGUUGGAUAGUCUCGACACGGCCGACGCCAAGCUGGAGGUGCUGGAGAAUACACAGAACGUCCUCCGCGAAGCACUGCAAGCGGUGCAGGACGAGCAGAAGGCUGUCAGCAAGGAGCAGCCAGCGGCCGGCGCGGGCCAACAGCUGUUGCACUCGUACAUCACCUUCCUGAAGAACCACCACAGUAAUCAGCGAGCGCUGCUGACCAUCCAAAUCAUGCGCGGCAAGGUGAAAUUGUCGGCCGAGAAGGAAGCGGAGGAGCGGAAAAAAAAGCACAAGGCGCAGGACUACAUCCGCCUCUACGACACCAUGGUGGAGAACAACAACGAGACCGUCGCCCUGACCGGCGUCACGGGCACCGCCCUCAUGGAGUCUCUUAACGCGAGCACGCAACUGUACAAAGGCUUCCGCGCCCUGCAUAUUGGCGACGCUUUUGUCAGCGUGAAAAAAUUUCCCGAAGCGCUCACAUUUUACGCUCGCGCCGCGGAGUUCGCGGAUGCCGCUGUCAAGGCGCUUAGCAAAGCCCAAGCCACUGAGGAAUCUAAACAGAGCUUGACGGAAUUGGAAGCGUUGGUCAUCAGCCAGAAGGAUGCCGCUCUGGCUUAUAGUGUGCUGCAGAAAGAAGAAUUCUCUGACCUGGAAAGCGAAAUGAUUGCCCGUCACCGCAAGGCCAACAACGAGUUGGAGAUCGCACUUGCCAAGCCGGUGACCUUCGACCUGGUGCUGGAAGCCAUCAAACUGCCCAACCUGGACGACCGACUGGCGAGCAAGAAGGCUAAAGCCAAGCCGGCCUCAGGCAAGGCGGAAGCAGCACCGGCCAAGGAGAAGACAGGGCCAGCUGCAGCCGCGGCGGCCGCGGGCGGGGGUAUCUCGGCACUCAAAGGCUGGAUGGGAUGGGGCAAAAAGUCGUAGCCGGGCCUUCUUAUUUAUGCAUUUGAGCCUUUUUGUACGAGCGAAGCCUGUUCUUUAAGUUAAAUCAGCGAGUGCUAAACCGGUAAUAUUUGACGACGCCAUUUGAAAGCAUAAAUUUAGCUUCCUGUUGUAUUGAUUGGUACUUGCUAGUUUAAUCUGUAGUUCUCAAUGGGAUGACGACCAAACAAAUCACUGGAAA